CUGCAGGUGUGCCGAGGAGUUGAACACUGCGCGUGAAAAACCAGAACAGAAUGGAGAUGGAACCAAGCAAUGGGAGAAAAGAAUGAAAAAAGGAAAGGCUGGCUUGCUUUACAAUGUCUGUUUGUCUGGAAACACAUCACUGAAGGGAGGGAGAAAACCCUGACAAAAGGGAUGAAGUGGUAUUGUGACUUCUGGUUACUGCUCCUCUUUCUCAGCCUGUGUCCACAAGCUGGGUCAUCACAGGGACAUUUUCCACGGAUGGAAAAUAUUGCCGCCUUUAAGCCUGUCUUCGUCUCUCCGGCUCGUUCCACCUGUGGCAUUCCGGAGCGGAGCAGCUACUGCCAGUCACCCUCCUCCCAGGCUGAGCUGCUGAGAUGCUCUCAGGUCUUUUGUGUCCAGGAGUGUCCCCAUAGAGCCUCCUCGCCUCCUUAUGCUCCUCUGCUGCUCUCUGCACACAGAGGUUCCUGUGCCCCUGAAGACACCAAUGACACUCAUCCUGGUUUUCAGACUGAUGCUGAGUAUAGAGCUACUACUUCAGAGGAAGUUUCUACUGGUUUCAGGAGUGUAAUAUUUCAGCCAGGACCGGAUUUGUGUCUGGUCUCUCCCCCUUCACAGAAACUGGGGCCUUUGGGAUCUGUCACCCUGGCAUUGUGGCUCAAACCAAGUACCCUUGGAGAGAUGACACUGCUGGAGAAAAGCUCAUCAGAGGGUUUGGUUUUCUCCCUGUCAGUGUCUGAGCAAGCAGUCACGCUGCUGCACAGCCACCUUCAUCUGCGCAUCAGCUUCCGAACACAGGGCAGGAUUAUAGUGAAGAGGUGGACACACCUGGUUUUACAGGUUCAUGACAGAUGGGUCACACUGUUCCUGGAUGGACUGGAGGAUGAUGGGACACCAUUUGAUACACAGACUAUGACCUCCAGACUGAACGAUAUCAAUGAUGAUGGUGCCAUGAGGGUGGGACUCAGCUCCAGUGGGUCUAAUCAGUUCAUUGGGUGGAUGAGGGACUUUAGAUUUUAUCCUGCUACUCUGUCCAACAGGGAGAUAGCAGAACUGUACUCAGGGGCACUACCUCAGCUGCACACCCAGUCAGAGUGCCGUUGUCCUCCUGCUCACCCCAGAGUGCAUCCUUUAGUGGAGAGAUACUGCAUUCCCAAUGCUGUUGAGGACACCACCAGCGACAGUUUAAGACAUGAACAUAAUGCCCAUCCACUCAGUUACAUCAGUGAUCAAGACAUGGGCACUGCGUGGCUGUCCAAGAUCAUGACUACACGGGAACUGGAUGAUGGAAUUACUAUAACUGUGGAUUUGGCUAAUGGACAAUACCAGGUAUUCUAUGUUAUAGUUCAGUUUGGGAGCUACUUACCUGAAAUGAUUCGGAUCCAAAGGCGAACUUUUGAUGCAACACAGCCACAGAGUGACACCGCCACGGAACAGACCUGGUUUGACUGGCAAUACAUGGCCAGAAACUGCAGCCUUUUUAAAAUGAUGAAUAAUGGACCGCUUUUACAACCAGAUUCAGUCAACUGUCUGCAACUACCGAGUGACACGUCCUACUCAGGAGGUAACAUUACAUUCAGCCUGCUAACGUCAGAGCCAAACCUCAGACCAGGCUAUAAUGACUUCUACAACACCCCCGCCCUUCAGAAGAUGGUAUAUGCCACCCAGGUCAGGAUACAUCUGAGUGGACAGUACCACACCAGAGCGGCCCAGGUUCAUCAGCUUCACAGAUACUACGCCAUCCGUGAGAUCACUAUCAGUGGCAGGUGUGAGUGUCACGGUCAUGCAGAUUAUUGUGAUACCAACGUUACGCCGUACCGCUGUCUGUGCCUGCCUGAGACUCACACAGAAGGAAACAAUUGCCAACAAUGUGCUCCUCUCUACAAUGACAAGCCAUUCAGAUCAGGUGACCAGUUCCAGCCAAUGAACUGCCGUCCUUGUCAGUGUCAUGGCCAUGCCCACUCUUGUCAUUAUGAUAGCCAAGUUGAUGACCAGCCACAUGAGCACUAUCGAGGAGGGGGUGGUAUCUGUAACAACUGCAUGCACAACACUGCAGGUAGGAAUUGUGAGCGCUGUAGAAGCCAGUUUUUCAGACUGGAGGAAUCUGAUCCUGCAUCAGUUGAUGUCUGUCAGCCUUGUGACUGUCACGCUGCUGGAACAGUCAGUGGUAGCACGGAGUGUGACCAGAUAGGAGGUCAGUGUCACUGCAAGGCUGGAGUAACAGGACGUCAGUGUGCUCACUGUUUGGCUGGUUGGUACGAUCUUCAGGCCUCACAUUCAACAGGCUGUAUUCGCUGUAACUGUAGGGAUGUGGGGAUCAUCAGAGUUGCAAAUGGAGGACUCCAGAGUUGUGACAAGAUCACGGGCCAGUGCCAGUGUAAACCCCAUGUCACAGGUCUUUCUUGUGAGCGCUGUGAGUUUGGUUAUUGGAACCUGUCCCGUCCAGAUGGGUGUGUCCCAUGUCAUUGUGACCCUCUGGGUUCCCUGAGCCCGUUCUGUGAACCUGAGCUGGGUCAGUGUGAGUGUAAAGAUGGAGUCGGGGGGCAGCGCUGUGACUCCUGUGGGAGCGGUUUCUAUGGUUUGAGAGUGGAGGGAACAUGUUUUCUCUGCAACUGCUCACAAGAAGGAAUAGUACCUGGGACAAUCUGUGAUCCUCACACAGGACAGUGUGUUUGUAAGGAACAUGUCGAAGGUCGCCGCUGUGACUCCUGCCGUCUUGGUUUCCACACCCUGGAGCACCAAAACUCUUUGGGCUGUCUGCCGUGCUUGUGUGAUGUCAUGGGCACUCUGCCAGAGGGUGUCUGUGACAUGUGGACGGGACAGUGCCCAUGUCAGGAGGGGGUGGAGGGAGUACAGUGCACCACAUGUGCACACAACUACUACAAGAGCUUAGACAGACAAAGUGGACUGUCCCAUGGUUGCGUGCCAUGUAUCUGCAACCCCAAAGGAACAGUGGCAGAGACGGUGUGUGAUGGCACUACAGGGCAGUGUGUGUGUGUCCCCACACGCUAUGGACAUGACUGCAGUAACUGUCGACCUGGUUUCUACCUCUCUGAAGACCAGAGUACAUGUGUGGAGUGUGAUUGCCAUCCCACGGGAGCAUCACAGAGUGUUUGUGACAGCCAAACAGGACAGUGCGUGUGCGCUCAUCCAUCAGUGGGAGGACGACACUGUGACCAGUGUCAUGAGAUGUUUUGGGGAUUCAACCCAGGCCCGGGCAGAUGCCAGCCUUGUGCAUGUGAUCCAGUGGGCAGUAUUAAUGGUACAUGUGACCCAGACACAGGUGUGUGCAAGUGUAAGUCUCUGGUAACAGGUGACAAAUGUGACAGAUGUCAAAUUGGAGCAAGUCAUUUGGACCCCGAGAACCACCUUGGCUGCAGUAGAGCUCCAUCCCAGCAACCUGCCCCAGUUGGUUCUGCUAUCUGGUAUUCAUCCAUUCACCUGUCUUGGCAACCACCAGACUCCCCAAACUCAAAUGCACUUAAUUACACCCUCAUCAGGGAUGGACAUUCAGUGCAUAGGGUCCAAAGUCACUACCCAUUCAGCCCUGAAUCAUUUGAAGACACAGAGUUGUCUCCAUACACUAACUACUCUUACUGGCUCAUAACAGCUAAUGUGGCUGGAUCAACUGUAAGUCCACGAGCCUCUUAUCAGACUUUUGCCACACCACCUGAUGUGGACCAACUCCACUUAAAUCUUGUGGGACGCCCAGGUCCAAACAGUGUUAGCCUUAACUGGAAUGCUCCGCCGAAUGAUACAGGGCCAGUGGAAAGGUUUGUUUUAUCCUCUACAGAGACAUCUAGUGAAUUAGAACCCAUCACCCACUACAGAGGCUUGUCUACAAGGGCUGUGGCAGGUGGUUUAAAGCCCUUCACCAAGUACACUUUCAUUUUAGAGGCUUGUUCCUCUGGAGGGUGCAUGUCUACCCCACCUCUCUCUGUUCUGACAGCCUCUGCCCCGCCGCAAAACCAACCCGCACCCAGUGUGACUGCUACAGGACCUCAUACACUGCAUGCUUCAUGGGAACCCCCGAGCCAGCCAAAUGGCAUCAUAACACAAUAUGAGAUUUUUCUGAAAGGACCAAUGGAUUCACAGAACCUUUCAAGUCUUGCUGAGAGGAGAGUGUCUGUCAGUCCUGGUUGGUUUGAUUCAAGUGUCUCUCCAGAAGCACAGCUAAGCAGUGGCAUCGUCUCACCUCCUGCAAUGAAUGCCACUAUAACAGGUCUGCAGGCGUUUUCCACCUAUCACAUAAGAAUAGUGAGCAUCAAUGUGGCUGGAACUGGUACUUCAGAGUGGACGAAAGCAAACACCAUGGAGGGAGUCCCAGAGUUGAUGGCUCCUCCACAAGUGUCUGCAGUGUCAUCUACCAGUUUGAAGAUCACCUGGAACUCCACUGAAGGUUAUGGGGUCAUUGCCAGAGGAAAUGUCACAGAAUAUAGGGUCAACAUGCUCACUGAACAGACCAACAAUCCCUACGCUCCUCCUGUUAUUAAUCAGGUGUCUUACACAGGGCAGCUCCAACAUCACAACCUGUAUUUAGUCAAAGGACUGAAACCUUACCACAUGUACAACUUCACAGUUACAGUCUGCACAAAGAUGGGUUGCAUUACCAGUCUACCAAGCACAGGACGGACUCUACCAGCAGCUCCAAGAGGACUACUCCCACCACGAUUAUUUCCACUGAAUGAAACCAGUAUUCAGAUAGAGUGGGAUCCUCCAGACCAACUCAAUGGACCACCUCCAUUAUAUCAGGUUGAGAGGACAGAUGUCUCUCUCUCUGACCCACAAAGUCCUGUUAUUAGAGGAACCAGAUUCUCAGGUCGCAGUUACUACCGGUUUGCCAGUCACACUCUUCCUGUUAAUGCUGAUUUCACAGGUGUUGAGUUGAGUUUCAAGACUCAGUCUCCAGAUGGCCUGCUGCUGUGCGCCUUCUCUCCAGGAAAUCAGGAAGAGUUCUUGGCUAUUCAGAUGAAAAAUGGACGGCCGUACUUUUUGUUUGAUCCACAGGGCUCAGCCGUGGCGGUGAGUGUACAGGGUGAUGGAGGACGGCACUAUAAUGAUGGACAGUGGCAUCACAUCAUGGCAUUAAGGCGAGGAGCUGUGGGAACAAUCAUAGUAAACAAUCAGUACAGAGGCAGUGCGUUAGCUUCCAGUGGCAAUACAGUUAUUGGUGAGAACACUGGUGUGUUUAUUGGAGGGCUGCCUGAUAAUUUUACUCUACUAAGGAAAGAUUCAGGUGAUGCCCAGCUUGUGGAACAGGGCUUCUCUGGUUGCCUUCGGGAUUUGACUUUUAAGAUGAUUGACAGCCCGCUGGAGGAGUGGAAGGUCGUGGACUGGGGAAAAGCUACAGAAAAGGUGGCAGCCUUUGAAAGCUGGGAGGGAUGCCCUCUUCACACUGUGGAUGGAGCCCAUUUUCUGGGUCAUGGCUACUUGGAGUUGGAUGAAAAUGUCUUCAGUGGAGGAGAGAACUUUGCUAUUUCUAUGGAGUUCAGAACAGACCAGUUCAAUGCACUGUUGCUCUUUUCAUAUAACUCACAGUCUGAAGAUUACAUGCUGGUGGAGCUGGAAGGCGGUCUGCUGUCUGUUACAUUUGCCUCUGAAGGUCAUGUGACUGAACUGAGAAUGUGGGUGGGGCUAAGUUACUGUGAUGGAGACUGGAAACAAUUAUUAUUGACUAAACGUGGCUCAGUCCUCUCUGCUGCUGUGGAUGACUGGGCAGAAGAGAUGGGCAUUGUGGGAGGUUCAAGGAGAAUGAGUGUUGAUUCACCAUUAUAUAUGGGAGGUGUGCCUUUUGAGCUCACACAUCGUGCUCUGAGCCAUCAAAGCCACAAACACGGCCUUGGAGGUUGCAUCAGGAGUGUUACCAUUCAAAGUGAUGAAACAGAUCCUCCUGUCCGUCAGAGUGUUAAUCUCUACAUUGUCUCUCGCCGUUCUGUUAGAGUGUACUUAGACGGCUGUCCGACCAUUGAAAGCCACUACAGCUGCAGAGGAAAUGACUCUGUGUUGGUCUACAGUGGGAGAGAGACACAAGCCAGAGAUGACAGUCUGCAGCCUUUCACUGAAUACUUGUACAGGUUUGUGGCUCUGACUGCAGGUGGAUGGGCAGCAGGACCUUGGCUGAGAGGACGCAGCAGAGGCAAAGUACCUCAAUCUAUAGCACCUCCGACAACAGUAGAGAGUUUGAGCGGCUUCAGUGCAAAGGUGAGCUGGGCUCCUCCCACUGGUGACAUCAGAGGGGUGAUUGACAGGUACGAGUUGAGGGCCUACAAUCAAGAUGAGCCAGAAGCACCACCAAUCAAAGUCACAUACAUGGCUGAUGGAACAUUCACAGGUGUGUUAUCGGGUCUCACUCCAUCCACUCGAUACGUUGUCACUGUAAGUGUCUGCAAUCCUGAUGGCUGCACUGAGAGCCUUCAUCAGGACGGCAGUGAAAAUUUAAGAAGACUCCUUACAACCAUGGAGGAAGCACCAGAAGCUGUGUCCCCUCCAGCUGCAGCCUCAUCCACAUCUACGCUUAAUGUUACCUGGGAAGCACCAGCAAGGCCUAAUGGAGAGAUUACAGAGUACUUCCUGUAUCGCAACAAGCAAAUGGUCUACCAGGGGAAGAAUCGACAGCACAUCAUCACUGGGCUCGAUGUGUAUUCCACCCAUGUGUUGGUAGUAAGUGCGUGUACUUCAGCAGGCUGCACCAACAGUUCCCAGGUUACUGCGCUGACCUCUCAGCUUCCUCCUGGGCCUCUACAACCACCGACUCUUACUUUGCUGGAUUCCCGCACUAUUCUAGUGGAAUGGUCACGACCCUCUCAGGUCAAUGGGGUGUUGGAGUUCUAUUCAGUCUUCCUUUCCUGUGGUGGUGCAGAGCCCAUACUUGUCUUCAACACUUCAGAACUUUUUGAAGAGCACACACUACGAAACCUGACCCCUGGGACAUCCUACACCCUCAGAGUGUCUGCCUGUACAGGAGGUGGGUGUACACUGAGCCCUCCCAGCCAGGCCCAGACUGAGGAGAGCACUCCUGAGAAUGUUCCAGCUCCACUGGUCACCUCUUUGUCUCCUUUUGCAGUCAAAGUCAGCUGGUCAACUCCCGACAAUCCCAACGGCAUUAUAACCAGCUACGGUGUGUGGAUGGAUGGCGCACUGAUUUCAAACUUCAGUUCUUCACAGAGAUCCUUUGUGGUGGAUGGGCUUUCUCCAUGGAGCCGACAUGUUCUCAGGCUGCAGGCUUGUACAGCACGCGGCUGUGCCAAAGGACCAGUGGUAGAGAUCCGCACUUUAGAGAUGGCCCCAGAAGGCCCUAUUCUCCUGAAACUGACCAAUAAGAGCUCUCGGUCACUCAGAGUUCACUGGACAUCUCCUCCCAAGCCAAAUGGGAACCUCAGCUACACACUGUACUACAAAAAUAAAGAUGGUGUUGGUGUGUUGGAUGGAAGUCCAGCAGCAGGCAGCUGGUUGUCUGUACCUGACCUACAGCCGUAUACCAACUACACCGUCUGGAUCAGAGGAUGUAACACACAGGGCUGUGUGGAGAGCCUGCCUCUCAGUGUUACGACACCACCAGCAGCACCAGAUGGGUUGUUACCUCCUACGCUGGCCCACGCAACUCCUGCCAGUCUGAAUGUAUGCUUGUCUGCCCUUGCCCGCCCCAACGCACCAGGCCCACUGCGUUACAGUCUCCAAAUGAGGACAUCACCUCAGCGACCUGUGAUAAGGCUCUUGGAAAAUGUAACAGACACAUUCUGCUACAAUUUGGAAGGCCUGUUUCCAUACACACACUACCUGUUCAGAGUUGUGGCUUCACACAAGCAUGGACAGGCAGCCAGCCCUUGGACCAGCCUGUGCACUGCAGAGGACAGUCCAGUACCAGUGGACACCCUUGUUGUGUCAGAACUCCUUUCUCGCAGUGUAACAGUUAGCUGGGUUCCUCCUUCCCAACCAAAUGGCAUCAUCACCAACUAUACCCUCUAUCUUUGUUUACUUUUAAAUCUCUCCAACACCUCCAAUGAGAGUCCGAACCUCAACUCAGAUUUUGACGACAGGCCAACAACAACUAAUAUUACCAGUCCACUUUUAUCCAGCCCAAUUCUGAUACCUGCUGUCAACACAAGCAAUGAUGGAAACAUAAAUACAGCACAGGGCACUUUAGCCAACCACCCUCCAUGAUUAUACCAAGUUUCUGGACCUCACAACUUAGAUGUCAACCCAGUCAGUUCCAACACCGUAAAUCAAAGUUCCAUCUCAUUCCACCCCAGUGAAUACAACACUUCAGUUUUCAGUGUAAACUCAAGCUUGGGCUCCAUUCUGCACAGCCUUCAACACAACAACACUGUUUUUGAUAUGGAGUAUGUAAAAGAAGACCCCAUGCACUUCUCCGGUUCCUUCAGAGCAGUAUCAGAUGGCAGAUCAACCCUUCAAUCAGUUACUGUUCCAGGAAACACCACAGCCUAUACCUUCCAUGAUCUACUGCCAUACCAGACCUACAGCUUCAAGGUUGUAGCCUGCACCAGUGUGGGCUGUUCAGUGUCUGCAUGGUCUCAUCGGUUUCAUACUCUCCCUGCUCCCCCUGAAAAGGUUUCAGUACCACAUCUAUAUUCUGACUCACCCACUUCUGUUCUCUUAUCGUGGGGAAUGCCAGAGCGGACCAACGGGCCACUGGAGAGGUGGCUUAUAGAGCGUAGAGUGGCUGGUACCAAAGAAGUCUCCAUAGUAGAACAUGUGGCACCGGAGUCUCCACCACUUUCCUUCUUGGAUUCUUCCUCAGCUCUCAGUCCUUGGACGAAUUACCAAUAUCGGCUGGUGCUCUAUAACCAGGCUGGCAGUUCCAAAGGUCCCUGGGCCAAUAUCACAACCAAACCUUCUCGCCCUGCUGGCCUUAGUCCACCAAAGGUGACAGUCCUGGGGCCCGAGUCAGUCGAGGUUACAUGGUUGCCUCCCCUUAUUCCAAAUGGGGAAAUCGAUGGCUACGAGAUCCGCUUCCCAGAACCCCGCGUGUUCCACAACAACAUCAACGCUUCUGAGCUCCAAGUGACCUUAACUGACCUUGUUCCAUACACUAACUACAGUGUCAGUGUUUUGGCGUGUUCCAUAGGAGGUGGAACUGUUGGAGGAUGCACAGAAAGCCUCCCCACACUAGCUACCACAUUACCCACAAGCCCCCAAGGCAUUGCACCAUUAUCAGUGGUCACAGUCAGUGAGUCCUUUCUUGCCAUUUCCUGGCAGCCACCAACCAGACCCAAUGGACCCAACAUCAGAUACAAGUUGCUUCGUCGUAAAACCCAUCAACCCCUGGCCAUCACCACCAUCCCGGGAGUAGCAGCCACAGCCCCGCCCCCCUCUGAAGAUCUCCAUCACUGGCUCCAUGUUUACUCCGGCACCAAAUUGUUCUACCAAGAUAAAGGCCUAAGCAGAUUCACCCGUUACCAGUAUCAGUUGGUAGUUCAUAAUGAUGUGGGCAACUCAUCAGGAGCGAUUGUUGAUGCCGUCACCAUGGCAGGCGUCCCCAUUCACCCUCCAUCUCUGUCUGCCUUCAGUGUCAAUCACACUGCUGUGCGGGUCAACUGGACACAUCCCUCUCUGGAAGAUCUACAGGGAGAAGUGGAUGCUUACUAUCUCACAAUAGAUUCCAGUCAAACUUGGGCCUUUCCUCCUGAGAUCACUUCGACAGUGAUAAGUGACCUUUGGCCCAGGACCACAUACCUGGUGUCUUUACAGGUGUCCAAUGGAGCCCACAAUACAACUAAAGUAAUGGCUAAUGUUACCACAGAGGAUGGCGAGCCGUAUGGGAUGUCUGCCCCAGAGGUGGUUCCUGUUAACAGCAGUGCAGUACGUGCACUCUGGUUCCCUCCUCUACGGCCUAACGGGGUAAUCACUGGUUACUACAUCUACAUUAACGGUCAUCUCUACGGCACUGCAGACAACACAUCAGGGUCGUAUCUGCUGGGUGACCUGUUGCCUUUUACCAUCUACAAUGUACAGGUAGAGGUGUGUACUGUGUAUGCAUGUGUGAGGAGUAAUGUUACCCAGACAACUACCGUGGAAGAUCUACCUGCUGACCUGACCUCCCCACGUGCACAAGUGAUGAGUUCAAGAGUGGUGAGGUUGAACUGGUCCGAUCCAGACAAACCCAAUGGCAUCAUGCUGGGCUAUGACAUUAUAAGACACACCCUGAGGCCAUGUGUCGGUGCUUUAGCAGACGUCUCAACCCUUGUGGGAGAGGAGUCAGGUGGCGGCUCAGGCGUCCAGUGUUCCUACGUGCAGUGUCCUGCCACUCACAGGGUGUGUGGGACAUCCUGCUUCCAUUCUGAUUUACAGGUUUGCUGCAGUGGUGUAAUAUAUACUAAGAAGCCACAUCAUCAGUGCUGUGAAGAGCUGUACCUGAAUUUGGGUCAGUUUGACCUGGUCUGCUGCAGUGGCAAACUAGUUCCAGCUCUCCCUGACCACCAGUGCUGUGGAGGUUACUAUGUUCAUAAAAAAGCCAAUGAGCACUGCUGUCCUGACAACUCCCAGGGACGGGUCUCAGUGGGGCUGGGUGACAACUGCUGUGGCGGGAUUCCUUACUCCUUAUUGGGGGGCCAACUCUGCUGUAGUGAGAGCCUUCAUGAUGGCUACAGGGUCCAGUGCUGUGGAGGCCAGGUUGUAGAUCAUACACUGGUGUGCUGUGGAGGUUCUGACAGAGGGAAAGUGUACACAUACACUCCAGGUUUUGUCUGCUGUGAUCAGGAGUAUAUAAACGCCUCAUCCUCGCUUUGCUGUGUGGGCCAUGAUGGAUAUCCUGCCAUACACUCCACUGGCAAUGACACUGUGACACUGAAGUGUUGUGGGUCAAAGGUCAUACAUGAGAAAGAGGAAUGCUGCAAUGGGAUUGGCUAUGAUCCUCAACGCCAUGUGUGUGCAAACCGACCCACACCGGGCCUUGUGAUUCAGCACCAGUGUUUGCAGGGCACCGUGUGUCCUGUCGCUGCAGCCUCUACAGCUUUCUGCGGCUCCUGUGACCUCGAUCCAGCCGUGACCGCCUGCACGUGGCUCCUGACUGCACAGACGCACACAAACACAACUGCUUCAUUUCAGACCACAGACCUGCAUACAGAUGCAAACAGAAGCAAUCACACACAUAAAGUAGCACACACAGUCAGUCACACAGACACAGGGAACCUGCAGUCUGAGGAAAGCCUGUGUCCGUCUCACGAAGAGGUGGUAUACAGUGGAGACGCCCACACAUACACCUACACAGACUCUGACUUACAGCCCUUCACCACCUAUGAGUACAGAGUGAGAGGAUGGAACAGUUUUGGUCAAAGCUCUAGUGGUGCUACAACAGUGACCACCAAUGAAGAGAAACCAUGGGGAGUGGCACCACCACGUUGGAGCCGCAUUGUUGAACGGGAUGACAUCAUCCAGUUACAGUGGCAACCCCCGGCCCGGCCUAAUGGUGUCAUCACACACUACGUUAUACUGCGUGAUGGGCAGGAGCGUUACCGUGGUGAUGAGAACAUUUUCACAGAUGUGGGUGGGAUCGUGGCUUUCCAUGAAUACAUUUACCAGCUACGUGCCUGCAACUGGGCUGGUUGUACCGACAGCACACAGGUGGUAGCAGUGACAAGGCAGGGAGUUCCCAAUGGGGUGCAGUCUCCGAUGGUAACAGCCUUCAGUCCUUCAUCUCUUCAUGUCAACUGGUCCGAACCAGCUAAUCCCAGUGGAAGAAUACAGCAUUACUUCCUUAACCAAACUGGUGUUGGAACCAUAUAUACACACACCGAUGGACCCAGAAAUUACACUGUGACGGGUUUGCAGCCGUACACAGAGCACAGUUUCAGGCUGGUGGCCUGCACAGCUGCUGGCUGUACAGCCAGUUUACCGUCCAUAGGACGCACACUGCCGUCCAUUCCAGCUGGUGUGUGGUCGAGGCCCAGACACCUGAUAAUAAACACGUCCAUGGUGGAGCUGUACUGGGAUCAGCCGGCUCAGCCGAAUGGACGCAUUUCACAGUACAGAUUGAAGAGGGACGGACACGUUGUUUUUACCGGAGACCAUCGUGACCACAAUUUUACAGACACUGGACUUCUGCCAAAUCGCAGGUAUGCGUAUGAACUGGAAGCCAGUACAGAGGGUGGGACCAGUGUGAGUGACAGAUAUGUUAUCCAAACACCGGCCUUCUGCCCCACUGGAAUCACACCUCCAUACAAUGUCACUGUAUCAGGCCCCCGCUCCAUCUUUCUCACUUGGAACCCUCCUGCCCAGCUCAACAGCAGCCACUCUGUAAACUACAAUAUCCUGUUAAACCCGGGAAGUGACAGUGCCAUAGUGCUCCACGCUGGACAAGAUCUGCACCUCAACGUGACAGGUCUAGAGCCUUUCACCAUCUACCACAUCAGAGUGCAGGCCUGUCAGUUGGGUGGGUGUGGAGCUGGGGAGGGUGUAUUUGUCCAGACGUUAGAGACUGCCCCAGAAAGUCAGCCACCUCCCAAUGUGAAUGCAGUUGGUUCCAAUCUCAUCGAAAUUCAGUGGUCACCCCCCAAUAAACCUAAUGGACUCAUUAUCUCCUACUACAUAUACAGACGUCUAGCUGGCACAGAAGAGGACCUGCUGGUUUUCAUCUGGUCUGGUGGGCCACGUGAGUUUUUUGAUGCAAGCCCUGACCUGCAACCCUUCAGCUAUUUUGAGUAUAGGGUCCGUGCCCACAACUCCAAAGGUUCAGUUGUGAGUGAAUGGGUUUUAGCCCAGACCCUUCAGGCUGAGCCUCAAGGUAUGGCUCCCCCCAAAGUUACACCCAAUGGUGCGUAUUCAGUCCACAUGAUGUGGACUGAGCCGAGCCACCCCAAUGGUCUCAUUUCACAUUACAGACUUGUUUACAAGAAGCAACAACAGGACCCAACAGUCAACUCAACAAGUGUUGCAGCCCUCACUGUAGAGGGUGCAGUUCUAGAAGGAACAGUCUCUGGUUUUCAGCCUUACACUGAGUAUAGCUUUCGUGUGGAGGCUGUGAACAAAGCAGGCAGCGUUUCCAGUCCGUGGGUCGGCACAAGGACACUGGAGGCUUCUCCGGCUGGCCUGGCUAAUGUUAUGGUGGAGCAGAGAGAGCAAGGCAGAGCGUUACUGCUUAGCUGGAAUCAGCCGGAUGCUCCAAACGGAGUGAUCACGAUGUAUAACUUGUACAGUGAGGAAAACCUGGAGUUCAGCGGGCUGUCGCGCCACUUCUUAUUUCGCCGUUUGGAACCAUGGACCACUUACACUUUGAGGCUUGAAGCAUGCACGGCAGCAGGCUGCACACAUUCACCUCCUCAGCACUUCACCACAACUGCAGCCCCACCUGCUUCUCAGCCUCCUCCCAAGCCUCUUGUUAUUGGUUCAAAUUAUGUGGCACUUUCAUGGGAGCCGCCCUCACAGCCCAACGGGCCAAUUAAGGAGUAUUUCUUACUUGGGCGAAGACUGGAGGAGUGGGGUAGAGAGAGAAUUAACGAAGAUUACAAUGAACAGGGAAAAGUGCUGUUCAGCGAGGCACCCUCGGAGCCAACUGAUACACUCAACUAUACUGUUAAGGGUUUACGUCCCUGGACUCAGUACGAGUUCAGCGUUCGUACUCACAACUCUGCUGGCUAUACCCUCAGUCCCUGGAUUACGGUAACAACCAGACAGGCACCUCCUCGCGGCAUCGCCCCUCCAACUGUUAGUCACGUCCAAGGCCGACCCAGUGAGGUGAUGGUGUCCUGGACUCCACCUCUGGAGCCCAAUGGGGUUCUUCUGUCCUACAGGAUUCAGAGAAACAAUGUCAGUUUCUCAUUUAGUUUUGAUCCUACUGUGCUCAAAUACACGGAUGAAGAUCUGCUGCCUUUUUCAACAUAUAGUUAUGCAGUCAUUGCCUGUACAUCUGAGGGAUGUGUCACCAGCUCUCACACAAACAUCACAACCCUGGAGGCUCCUCCGGCUACAGUUCAAGCUCCCACAGUGGACAGUGUCACACCCAAUAGUAUAUCCAUUUCCUGGAAUGAACCUCUGAGACAGAAUGGGGAGGUGAAGGAAUAUGUACUUCAACUUAACAACAGAGAGGCUUAUCGUGGGAAAGAGUUAAGCACAGUGCUGUUGGACCUACAACCACACACAUCCUACCAGCUGGUGGUGUUGGCUUGCACAAGCGGGGGGUGCACUCCAAGCAACACAACAUCCGCUGUAACCGCAGAGGCUCCACCUACUGGCCUUCAAGCCCCAAAUCUUAAGGUUUCUGGCCCGGAGUCAGUGGAGGUUACUUGGAGAGCGCCAGAUCACCCUAAUGGCAUCAUCACUGCCUAUGAACUCCGCAGAGACGGUGAAGAUAUCUAUGUUGGUACAGAGACCCAUUAUCACGACUUUACACUUUUACCAAGUGUGGAAUACAGUUACGUCAUCAGGGCCAACAACAGCAGAGGGUCCGUGAGCAGCACAGCCGCCACAACAAGGACACACCCAUCAGCUCCUUCUGGUGUCAGUCGUCCCAACCUGCAAUCCAAAGGACCAAAGCAGGUAACAGUGGAGUGGAUGGCUCCAGCUCGUCCUAAUGGAGACAUUAUUAGAUACACAGUGUAUCAACGAGAUCCAGCCCAGCUCAGUCUCAGCAGUACUGUCUUUUCCCCGGAGGACAAGUCCUUUGCUGACCGGCACACCACUCUGCAUGGGCUUGCACCUCACCACAGGUACGAGGUGAGGGUGGAGGCCUGUACUGCCCUGGGCUGCUCAUCCAGCGACUGGUCAUCUGUACUCACUCUAGAGGCUCCCCCUACUGGUCAGGCAGCGCCACUUCUAGAUCUUCAGCCUGACACUCAGACCGGCUUACAAACCACGUUCCUGCUCACCUGGUCACCUCCAAAUCAACCCAAUGGUCGAGUACUGCACUACGAAGUGUACCGCAGGCUGGACCAUUCCGCCGAUGAACACACAAGGAAUAAAACAACACUUGUCUGUAAGAAUGACUCUACAACCUGCAAAGAUGAAGGACUCUGGCCAUAUACUGCAUACCAAUACCAGGUCAGGGCAGUUAAUUCAGCUGGUCAAUCUGCCAGCCCAUGGACCAAUGGGAGAACAGGACCUGCCCCACCUGAAGGUGUGGCCCCACCUAUAUUCCUCCAUGUAUUAGCAACCUCAGCAGUAGUGAACAUCCAACCUCCAGCCCGACCCAACGGGAUUGUUAGCCUCUACAGGGUGUUCUCACUGGACCACGACAACCAAACUCUGCUUUCAGAGGGUACCUCCUAUCAGCAGACGCUCCAUGGUUUGCGCCCUUACACCCAGUACUGGGUAGGAAUAGAAGCAUGCACCUGUUAUCAGUGCUGUAGCCAAGGCCCGCUCAGAGAGUUAUAUACCUUGGCUGCCCCGCCGGCCCACCAGCUUCCUCCUCGGCCCGUUGCACUUACCUCCCGCUCUGUUCAGCUGGAGUGGGAUGAGCCUGUGGAACCUAAUGGAGUCAUCGAAAGCUACGAGCUACAGAUCAGAUUACCUUGCCCGCAACCCCCCCAGCCUGUGCCCCUCCCCUGUGCUGACCUACCAAUUGAAACAUGUUUCACUGGCAAAAUGCAGAACCACAAUGUGACAGGUCUCCAGCCAUAUUCCACCUAUGAACUGAGAGCUUCCUGCUUCAACAAUGUGGGCAGCACGACCUCCAACUGGACCACUGUUACCACCCUCACUGAAGCCCCCCAGUAUGUUGCUGCUUUCUCAGUGGGCAGUAACUUGACCUAUGUGUGGCUGGACUGGACGGGCUCCUUCUUCCUCAAUGGGCCUCUGAAGGAGUACAGUGUGACUGAGAGGCAGCUGAGGAUUUACACAGGCUUCUACAGCUAUCUUCAUAUUCCACGCACCUCACAGAAGACUUUGUCGUUUCAGGUGACGUGUACUACAGACAGCGGCAGUGCCAGUACUCCCACCAUCAGAUACAGCCCGGCUACAGACCUAGAUCCACAUCAGUCAGCGGAAGAUGGAAAUCAGAGUGUCAACGUGACAGCGAGCCCGGUUUACUCUGAGCUGUGGUUCAUCCUGCUCUUUGUCUUACUGGGUCUGUGCCUGCUUGCCAUAGUGGUCGGGCUGGUGCUGCAAAGAACGUUGAGGAAGAAUCCUUCAGCCAGAGAGCGCCCCCCACUGGUGCCACUGCAGAAGACUGGAGGAGAGUCAUACACGCUUGACACUGUAGCAGACUGUGUUGAAAUCAACAGCGUUACUCUUAAAAGCUACACAGUGUACACUGAGGGUCUGGCAGAUACCAAGAUAGUCAGCAGCAGCUCACAGUUCAAUACCAUGUCUGUCCUACGGGUUCCAUGCCAAACAGACCUAAGUAAGGCCUACUCCCAGCAUGCUUUGCACCGCAGCGUCAGUCAGCUGAUUGACAGAAAGUCACUCAUGAUGGAUGAAGGCAGCUGGGAUAACCCCCUAGGACAUGAUACUGGACUGUAUGUUGAAGAAGAGGAGUUUGUGGACACUAUCAGUGCUUUACGUUCUGUGAAACAGGAGCACACCCUCUUCGUUGACACUCAUCUUUAACACAAGAAGAUCAUUUCACGUAAUCAAGUAUCAACCUCGUAAUUCACACUUUAUAGCCAAGACGUUAAAAUGUGCAAUUUAGAGUUUGUUGAUGACAAACAGGA